CGCGUCAUUACCUGCAACUAUCGCACGGAUUAUUUAAGGCAUACAUACCUCCCGCUCUUUGCCUCAGUUUAUUUACGCAAGUCGCUAUGGGUGAUGGACUCAAUUAUCAAUUAGAUCAACGAUCUCGAGGCAGCAUCUGAUCCAACGUCUCUUCCCAAGCCAGCUCCCAGUCUUCCCAGCCAGGCAGCUUCUAGAAAACGCAAAACUAUAUUAAAUUAUAGUCUCGCCAGCCCUCCACUUAGUUAUACAGGGGGCGACGACAAUAACAUAACAUCAACGCCCCAGAAAAGACGCCGAAUGCAGAGCCAAGAUGGACUACCUGAUCCUGAUGCAACGCCCCGGCUAGGAGCUUGCAGCAUCCUAAGUUCUGCUGCUUUAAUCUCGGGUUCUGAAGCCAGUUCCUUAUCGAGAUCAUUAUUGGUAAAAGGACAGAUGAUGAGACUACGAAUGAGCGGCACAGGUGUCGAAACUAAAUCACUAAACGAGGAUUCAGUACCUGCAGUCGCGAAGCCGUUAUUUCUUACUAUGGCAGAAAUUGAACGAGGUCUGAAUAUUCUACCAGCUGCCUUAAGAAAUAUUAUCAGGGAUGAUCAAGGGCUCUCCCAGGAUGACUUUGAGAGUCAAUGGUAGUAUUCUUUUAAGUCUGCCAAUAAGCCUGAUCAUCUACCCGGCCGUAUCCUAUCUAUUGUUCAAAUUAAAAUCAUCUUGGCCAGAACUACUAAGUGUAAGAAUGGCAAGCUUGACGAGGCCAGUUAGAAUACUAUAGUUUAU